AUGGCCACAUCAGAUUAUCCUCGCCCUGACUUUGCCCGUCCUUCUCUUAAUUGGAGUUCUCUGGAUGGGGCAUGGGAUUUUAUCUUUGACGACUCCGACGUGGGGCUGUCGCAAUCAUGGGAGCAGAAGGGGAUCCCAGGCCCCAAACGGAGCAUCCAAGUCCCGUACGCAUUUCAGUAUCCCGCGUCGGGCAUUGGUGUCCACGAAGCCCACGAGAUACUGUGGUAUGAGCGCAAUAUCGAUGACAUUCGUACCGCAGACGAAAUCGCCAAAGGCAACCGCCUACUCGUGCGGUUCGGCGCAGUGGACUACGACUGCACCAUUUGGGCGGAUGGCCGCUUAGUCGGCGGCCACCAAGGAGGCCACGUUCCCUUCGAUGUUGAUGUCUCAGAUGCUUUUGAUUCGAAUACCAAGACGGCCCGUCUGACUCUGCGCGUUCGGGAUUCACCCUGGGACUUGGGCCAGCCCCGUGGAAAGCAGUACUGGAAACCUGUUCCCGAGAGUAUUUUCUAUACUCCGACUAGCGGCAUCUGGCUGUCUGUCUGGCUGGAGAGUGUGCCUGCCAUGCGACUCUCUUGUGGUAGUGGUGGCACUGUUCUCCGCUCGGAUGAUAUCGAGCAUGGAAAGCUGCAUGCCCGCGUUGCUGUGGCAGGACGCCUAGUUGGCGCGAAAUGUAGCGUCGAAAUUGAAUCUAGGCUUGCCAGCCAUUCCGUUAGCAAGGCUGUGAACGACCUUCCAAAAGACAAAGGGUUCGCAAAUCUUGAAGUUGACAUGAAAGUGCCAAACCAGAAGGAACUGUUGUCUCAGGCUCCCUUUAACGUUGAAGGGGCUUGGCACGAUGGUGUAGCACUAUGGGCACCAGAGCACCCUAUUCUAUAUGACCUGAUUCUGCGCCUGUACGAUGCUUCUGGAAAGUUGGUGGAUGAAGUCCACACCACGACAGGCAUGCGGAACAUCUCAUGGCAGAACGGUGAUGGAACAUUCCGACUGAACGGCAAGCCUAUUUUCCAAAUGCUAUUCCUGGAUCAGGGCUACUGGGAUCAUACUGGUAUGACACCUCCCUCCGGACAGGCAUUAAAAGACGACAUUGUGAUGUCCCAGAAAAUGGGUUUCAACGGAUGCCGCAAACACCAGAAGAUCGAAGACCCUAGGUUUUAUUACUGGGCCGAUCGCCUAGGCUUUUUGGUCUGGGGCGAGAUUGCCAAUGCCUACGAGUUCAACCAUGAGUAUGUUGAGAGAUUCAACAGCGAAUGGACGGAGAUCGUGAAAAGGGAUAUCAACCAUCCGUCUAUCGUCACCUGGACUCCUGUCAACGAGAGCUGGGCCUAUACAUCACUCAAGGACAACAUUGAACAGCGGAAUCAUAUUCGACAGCUGUACUACCUGACAAAGACACUGGACCCUAGCCGACCAAUUAAUGACAACUGCGGUUGGGAGCAUGUCCUGACCGAUCUGACGACCUAUCAUGACUACAGCGAUUCAGCAGAGCUUGCUGCGACAUGCUCCAAGAUGGAAGGUGGAAUACUAGGCCCGAAAUCCAAUCGCGACAUGUUCAGCAAGCCAAUUUCGGGCCCAGACUCCAAUAUUUUAGAUCCGGGUGCACAACACAGGCAGGGUGCUCCAGUGAUCUGCUCCGAAUUUGGUGGUGUGAAUAUCGCCCCCACUAAGGGAGGCGCAGCUGGUGAGAGGGACUGGGGAUAUACGACCGCCAGUGAUCCAGAUGACUUUCUCGUCCGCUUUGAAAAGUUGGUCAUGGCUGUAGUCAAAGGAGGCCACACUUGUGGCUUGGUUUAUACUCAACUAGCGGAUAUCGAACAAGAGGUCAACGGCUUGUACUCGAUAGAUCGGAAGGAAAAGGUCCCCGCAGCCAAAGUGAAGGCCAUUAUGGAUGCGGCUCAAGUCUAUUACCACACCAAUGUGGCAUCGAGGCAUUCAAAAGGGCUGAAGUUCCUGCGGCACUUUAAGCGAGGCUAA